GCGCCAUACAUCGUACUGCGCUGCGUCAUGUCCGCCGCGGAGGGAUCGGCUUUAUAAGGAUUGAGCAGCAGCUUCCGGUCCUCUUUGCAGCCUUCGAGUCCAAGAUGACCAAGAAAAGAAGGAAUAACGGACGUGCCAAGAAGGGACGUGGGCAUGUCCAGCCUAUCCGGUGCACCAACUGUGCCCGCUGUGUCCCAAAAGACAAGGCCAUCAAGAAGUUUGUGAUCAGAAACAUCGUUGAGGCUGCAGCUGUCAGGGAUAUCUCUGAUGCUAGUGUCUUCGAUUCGUAUGCACUGCCUAAGCUUUAUGUGAAACUGCACUACUGUGUUAGCUGCGCCAUUCACAGCAAGGUGGUCAGAAACCGCUCUCGUGAGGCACGCAAGGAUCGCACACCACCACCAAGGUUCAGGCCUGCGGGCGCACCUCCAAGAGCACCUCCCAAACCAAUGUAAGGAAAUCUGCUCAGAUGUCUCAUCAAUAAACUGUUAAAAAU